AUGAGACAUAAAUUGCAUUCAAGGCAAGCGUUUGCGACGAUCGGCGCCAAUGUGUGUGACCGGCGAAGGCAUUCCUCUGGGUCUGGACACCAUUCCUCUGGGUCCGGACACUCAUUGCACUCGUAUUUGGUGCCCAUAGUGGUGGAGCAGACGGGAAGGGGUGAGCGCUCGUAUGACAUCUACUCGCGACUGCUGAAGGAGCGCAUCAUAUGUCUGAUGGGAGGCAUCAACGACGAGAUGUCAUCCCUAGUUGUGGCACAACUACUGUUCCUACAGUCGGAGUCGGCCAAGAAGCCCAUCCACCUGUACAUCAACAGCCCGGGAGGGGUCGUGACGUCAGGGCUGGCCAUCUACGACACGAUGCAAUACAUAUUGCCGCCGAUCGCCACGUGGUGUGUGGGUCAGGCCUGCUCUAUGGCCAGCCUAUUGCUGUGCGCGGGUGAGCCCGGGAUGAGACACUCUCUGCCCAACUCGCGGAUUAUGAUUCAUCAGCCGUCGGGUCAGGCGUCAGGACAGGCCACUGACAUCCGNUGCCGCCGAUCGCCACGUGGUGUGUGGGCCUGCUCUAUGGCCAGCCUAUUGCUGUGCGCGGGUGAGCCCGGGAUGAGACACUCUCUGCCCAACUCGCGGAUUAUGAUUCAUCAGCCGUCGGGUCAGGCGUCAGGACAGGCCACUGACAUCCGCAUCCACGCCGAGGAGAUACUGCUGCUUAAGAACCGUAUCAAUGGUUUGUACGCAAAGCACACCAAACAACCGCUUCAGAAGAUUGAGGACAGUAUGGAAAGGGAUCGCUUCAUGAGUCCCGAUGAGGCCAAGGAGUUGGGAUUCAUUGACAAUGUUCUCGAGAAACCGCCGCUUAUUAGUGAACCUAAAGAACCAUAG